AUGAUUCGUAGAGAGUUCAAGUCGGAGCUUCCAAGUUGGAUACGCCAGUUCCCGCAAAUUAAUGAAAAAUGGAGUGCAGAAUUACAGACCCUCGAGGGCCAUUCGGGCUGGAUUGACUUGGUGGCCUUCUCGCCCGACGGCCGGCUGCUGGCGCCCGGCUCUGACGAUCACACCGUGCGGCUCUGGGACCCGGCGACGGGCGGCCUGCAAAAGACCUUGACCACUAAGGGAAUCGUCAACGAACUCGACUUUUCUCAAGAGGGUUCAUAUCUAAUCACCAACUUAGGCACCCUCAAUGUUCAAUCCGGGCACGAAAAUCUCGCCUCUAAUUCAACCCAUAAGAGUCGGGCGAUCUUCAUUGAGCAAGGACGGUGGAUCAACAUAAACGGCAAAAAUGUACUCUGGCUUCCUCCUGACUUUCGGCCUACGUGUUCCGCAAUUAAUGGGGAUUCACUUGCCUUAGGACACGAAUCAGGGCGGGUUUCUUUCCUAUGA